AUUAUCAUUAUACACCCGAUACGCUUCGAUACAGAACGCCCUGGUUGGAUGACCGGCCUUAUAUGAAAACAUGGCCCCACUUCCCAUACCUGCAUGUAGUGAGUACUAAAGUGGAACAGAAGGAAGGAAGGCAGUCAUGGUUGGGUGCACCACACGUGAGGAACACAUGAAAGAUGGCCAAUAUCACCAACAUACAACAUGGGUGGGCCCCUGACUCCCUCUUGCGUAUAUCCACAAUCCUCCACCAUCAUCAUCAUCAUCAGCAGCAUCCGCAUCCGCAUUUUAUAUUAUUUAUAUUCCCCACUUGAGAGUAGAGACCCAGAGGCAACCCUGUCUGUGCUCUUAUCAAACGUUUGAUUAUUGAUAAAUUGACCUGAGCAGUUGAGCAUUCUUCUCAACCACAACCAGUCAACCACCACACAUGGCUGUUCCGCCUGAGAGAAGGAAGAGCAGCAGCAUCUGCAACAUUGUGAGGCUCAGACGCAUUGCGUUGCUGUGGCGUAAGCUUGCUGGAGGGAAGAGGAAACUGCCCAUUGACGUCCCUCCUGGCCACUUGGCCGUCAUCGUUGGAGAUGCUGGCCGGAGGUUUGUCAUCAGGGCGUCUUACUUGAACCACCCACUGUUCAGGCAGCUCUUGGAUCAAGCCUAUGAAGAAUAUGGCCACAGUCACAGCGGCCCUCUUGCUCUCCCCUGCGACGAAUUUCUUUUCCAAGAGAUCCUGCGUUUUCUUAGAGAUGGCCAUGGCCAGAGUUUGAGUCUCUGCUCCUAUCAGGCAGCUGAGAAGGAACCUGGGCUAAGCCCGUGGAGAGAUUCUAGACCUCUUCUCCAUGGUUUUCAGAGAAGAUCAACAUGGUAGCCAGAGAGCCGAGGGAGGGCGAUGCACGCACAUUUCUCAUUAGAAUUAGAUAAGCUGUGGACAACAGAGACCCAGUUCGCGAUUCGCAUUCCAAUUCCACUCUGCAUUAUUCAAGUAAACAAGGGAGCCCAAAUUCGAACCUUGCUCGGCCAACCCAGAGCAGUCACACACAUUUGAUGCGGGAUUUCACUGCGCGCUCAUCCAGCUGCAUUACUUUACAGCGUGAAAAGCUGCUGUCAACGCUGGAUAGGAGCUUGGUAUUAUUUUUAUUUUUUCCAUGUUGAAAAUUAUUAGCCUCGUCGUGUACUGUACGCAAUUUUCCAGGAAUCGUAGGUUUUAAUUUCACCUCA